AGUGCACCAUGAUUGAAGCUAUCUUCGAGGUUGAAGGAGGUGAUUUCUCCUCGGUGAGCCGCAGAGAUUUAGGCGAAGGACGUUUCUUCCGCUUGAGGUCUAACCAAAGGUUUAAAACGUACGCUAGGUAGCCAGUGGCGCUUACAAUGUAUGUUUAAGUGCUAAUUUCUAGCUAUGUUUCAACCCCUUGUCUAAAAUGGCUGUUCCAUCUCUCUCCAAAACCAGACCUCUCCACUCUCUCUUCCGCUCUCUCUACCGCCCCAAACCCUUUCUCUUCUUCUCUUCUCUCACCCAAGAACAACCCACAUCCCCGCCGUUAGCAAACCUCGUAACUGAAAUCUCUCGCGUACUAAGCGACCACAGGAAUCCUCACCAUGACUUAGACCACUCUCUCACCACAUUCUCAUCUCAUAUAUCCACUCAACUCGUCGAACAAGUCUUAAAACGCUGCAAAAAUCUCGGCUUUUCUGCUCACAGAUUCUUUCUUUGGGCUGAAAAAAUUCCGGGUUUUCAACAUAGUGAUAAAAGCUACCAUAUUUUGGUUGAUAUAUUAGGAAGUAGUAAACAGUUUGCUAUUUUAUGGGACUUCUUGAUAGAAAUUAGAGAUGGUAAACAGUUUGAGAUAAACCCAGAAAUUUUCUGGGUUGUUUUUAGAGCUUAUUGUAGAGCAAAUUUGCCUGGUGAUGCUAUCAGGGCUUUUGAUAAAAUGGUGGAGUUUGGAAUUAGGCCUAGUAUUCAUGAUCUUGAUCAACUUUUGUUUGUGUUAUGUAAAAGGAAGUACGUGAAACAAGCCCAAGGAUUCUUUGAUAGAGUUAAGCAUGAGCUUGGGCCUAGUGCAAAGAGUUACAGCAUUUUAGUGAGGGGUUGGGGAGAUAUUGGUGAAGCUUGCCAGGCUCGUAAGGUGUUUGACGAAAUGGUCCAACGAGGUUGUUCCGUUGAUGUUCUAGCUUAUAAUUGCUUGUUGGAGGCCUUGUGCAAAGGUGGUAACGUGGAUGAAGCUUAUAAGAUGUUUGGAGCAAUAGGUUCGAGUGGGAUUGAGCCGGACGCUUGUAGUUACUCUGUUUUCAUCCGUGCAUAUUGUGAGGCUAAUGAUAUUCACGCGGCAUUUAGGGUGCUUGAUAGAAUGAGAAGAUACAAUCUUGUGCCUAAUUUGUUUACUUACAAUUGCAUUAUCAGAAAGCUUUGCAAUAAUGAUAAGGUGGAUGAGGCUUACCAGCUUUUGACUGAGAUGGUUGAGAGAGGAAUCAGUCCGGAUGCAUGGAGUUACAAUGCGAUCCUGGCAUAUCAUUGUGAGCACUCUGAGGUUAAUAGGGCUCUGAAUUUAAUUUCCAGAAUGGAGAAAAAUGAAUGUUUGCCUGAUAGGCACACUUACAAUAUGGCAUUCAAAUUGCUUAUCAGGAUAGGAAGAUUUGAUAGGGCAACAGAGUUGUGGGAGAGUAUGGCAAAUAGAGGAUUUUAUCCUUCGGUCUCAACUUAUGCUGUCAUGAUUCAUGGUUUAUGUAAGAAGAGAGGUAAAUUAGAGGAGGCAUGCAGAUAUUUUGAGAUAAUGAUUGAUGAGGGUAUACCUCCAUAUUCUUCAACUGUUGAGUUAUUGAGGAAUAGGUUGUUGGGUUUAGGAUUUUUGGACAAUAUAGAGAUACUUGCAAACAAGAUGGCACGAAGCAGUUCUUGCUCAAUACAAGAGUUAGCAAAUGCAAUGAGAGGUAAAACAGCCUAUACUAAAACAAGAAAUGGAGAAACAGAGCUUGAAAGUGAGUGAAAACUACCUUGCUUUUCAGUUUGGUGCCUCUCAAAGUGUAGGAUCAAUCUUAAGUUAAUGACCGAUUUUAACACUGUUGACAAUUGAUUUUUCUAGCAAUAUGGAUUGAUUGAUUUCCAUCCCACCUGACUCUUUUUUUCCACCUCAAUGUGUUCACUUGUAUAAGAAACUUACUUGUCAGAUUACUGAAAUUAGCGUUCUUCAU